GGUUGGUCAGUUGCCGCGCAACACUUUACGUUGAAGGUAGUCGAGCCAAAAGCGCCACGGCUGCUGUAGUGUAGCGUGUAUUUACAUACAAAUCUAUUUUAGAGGAAGCGAAAAACAAAUAAAAUCAAAUUUCAUAAAAACUCAUUUUUGUGCUUAUUUUGUGUGACCUUUUCGUGAGCGUUCAUCAUAGUUUUUACAACUAUUGGCUUUGUUAGUUUCCCAUUUUAUUCGACGAGUGUUUUGUGUUCAGCGACAUGAAGCGUUUGUUGCUGUUGGCCCUGUGCGCUGCCGUGUUGAACUUGAGCGCACUGGUGCAAGCCGAGCAUCAGGGUCAUUAUUCGGUAAUUGGACCCGGUACAUUGCAUUCGAACAACAAGUAUACCGUUGCCGUUGCAGUACAUCAGAAUACUGAGCCUGUAACCUUGAAAGUUGGCUUAGUUGGUACCGAUUUUGAAAAGUCCGAAACAAUCGAACUGCAUCCCGACGAAGCGAAAGUAGUAGAGUUCGAUGUGCCAGCAUUGCCGAAGGGCAAGUACAAUCUCACAGCAGAGGGCAUAUCGGGUUUGAUUUUCAAAAACACAACCGAGUUGAAUUACGAUAACUUCGCGGCAAUCACCAAAAUACAAACCGAUAAGGGCAAGUAUAAACCUGGUGACAAGGUGAACUUCCGUGUGCUGUUUUUGGAUGAAAAUUUGAAGCCGGGUGUAGCGGAGAAGGAUGCUAGCGUUUGGUUUGAGGAUGGCAAACGCAAUAUUGUAAAGGAAUUUAAGAAUUUCGAACUCAAAAACGGUGUAUUUACCGGCGAAUUUCAAAUAUCCGAGUUUGCAGUACUCGGUGGUUGGCGAUUGAUUGUGAAGAAUGGUGGCUCGUACAACCAAGAAGUUUACUUUGAUGUUGAGAAAUACGUACUACCUAAGUACGAAGUGAAAAUUGAGGCCACCGAAGCGGUUUCAGUACGCGAUGGUGAUGUCAAUAUCGUAGCGAAAGCCAACUACACUUACGGUAAGCCGGUGGAGGGCAAAGUAACCGCUGUUAUCGGUUAUGGCGAUCUCUACUCCUACUCCGACGAUGCGAAAAUCAAGAGCGCACCUACACUCAUAAAGAGCGCCGAUAUGGUGAACGGUAAGGCGAAAUUGCUGGUCAAUGUUAAAGACUUCAAAGAUCAUUUGAUGAGCGACAUGUACGCCACAUCCAUGCAAAUCACCACAACUGUGGAGGAGGCAUACACGGGCGUUAAACUGAAUGAGACCAAAUACAUAAGUGUUUUUCCUUAUCGUUACGACAUGAACUGUGUGACCUAUGACACGUGCUAUACCUACCACGCGGAUAAGGAGUCGGAGGUGUUAGUGCAUGUCAAGUUUGUCGACGGUACUGUGUUAACGGAUACUAAAAAUCCCAUUAAAUUGAUCUGUAAGGAAACUCUAUCGGAGCGACGCUACUGGCAUGGCCUACGCAAUCAGGAAGUGAUGUCAACAACACCACGACCCACGAUCGAAGGCAAAACCUACACCUUUGAGAGCCAUCUGAAUGGCACUGGAUUUGCGAAAUUUACGGUGAAGCUGCCCAACUUGGAUGAAAUUGAGGAUUAUCAACAUUACUACGAAUUAACGGCUGAGUAUAUUGAUGAGACCCGCAAGAUAUCGAACUCCUAUCAGUAUCGCGAACCCAAGAACGUCGUGCCACAACCGGAAGAGAAAGAGCCAACCGAAUGGUUUAAGAUGCACAUCAAUUAUCCCUCGACGAAGUACUCCAUUAACUCCUCUGAUAUUGUCACAAUCACUGUCAACUCGAGCGAGCCUUUGCCAUAUCUCGUUUAUAAUGUUAUUGGUCGUGGUAAUAUUGUAGAACAUCAACGAGUUGUACUGCCAGAGGAGACCAAGAUCUAUAAUAUCUCACUACCAUACAAAUACAUAUACGCGCCGUUCGCAAGAGUUUUCGUUUACUACGUGGACAAGGUCAAUGAGUUCCACCAUGCCGAGGCCUCUUUCCAAGCUGAGAUGGAGCUUCAAAAUACGAUUGAUGUUACCACACCAAGUGAGGUCAAACCUGGCGAGAUCGUGCCAUUGCAUAUUAAGACUGCGCCACACUCGUUUGUCGGUCUCCUCGCCGUUGAUCAGAGUGUCUUGCUGCUCGCUGGUAAUAAUGACGUCUCUGAAAGUGAAUUUAGAUGGCGUGUCGGUAGCUAUGACACCAGCACACCAUGGCAAGGUGGCUACUCCCAUUACCCUGGUGAAUAUACCGGUGUGGUGACACUGACUUCCGCAGAUUACUUUUACAAUUGGACCAAACCAGUUCACACUCAUGCAGUACCCUUCAGUGCACGUGGAGAUAUAGUGAAGAGCUUUCACAAAGUUAGUGAUGCUGUUUAUACUACCACGGCUCCACAGGCGGAAUCAGGUGCUGGAGGAGGUAUUGCUGGUUUUUCAGGUUCACCCGCAGCACCUCCAGCACAGCAACCGACAAUUCGAAAAGAUUUUCGUGAAACUUGGCUCUUCAAGGACUUCGAAGACACACAAGCAGAAGAAUUCGAUUGGUCUGAAAAAAUACCAGAAACCAUAACAUCAUGGGUGCUCACAGCUUUCGCCGUCAGUCCCGAGAAAGGUCUUGCAGUAACGAAGGACUCUACAAAGAUAAAAACCUUCCAGCCUUUCUUCUUAUCGCCGCGCUUGCCGUACUCCGUGAAACGAGGCGAGGUCGUCAACACACAGCUCUUGAUUUUCAACUACUUGGAUAAAGCUUUAGACGUUGCGGUCACACUUGAUAACACCGACGGCGAAUACGAAUUCACCGAUGUCUCCAACGAGGUUAUCAACGAAGCGAGCCGUGUGAAGAAUGUACGCGUAGCCGCGCAAUCAUCAGCAGGUGUCUCCUUUAUGAUACGCCCCAAAGUAAUCGGUGACAUACUACUGAAAUAUACCGCUGUCUCGCCAAUUGCUGGCGAUGCCAUACACAAAGCGCUGAAAGUUGUGCCUGAAGGUGUGACAGAGUAUGCGAAUCGUGCUUACUUUGUAAAUCUUAAAGAUACACCAGAGUUUAAGCAAACUUUCGAACUGGAAUUACCACAAGACUUGGUGCCCGACUCCGAACACGUCGAGGUCUCGGCGGUUGGUGAUAUUUUGGGACCACUCUUGAAUAAUAUGGAUCACUUGGUGCGCCUGCCAACCGGUUGUGCGGAGCAGACCACCUCGUCAUUUGUGCCCAACUACGUGGUUUUGGAAUAUUUAAACCAAACGAACAAACUGACGCCAGCAUUAGAAUCACAAAUCCAAAGUAAUCUACUCUCUGGUUACCAACACAUACUAAACUUCCGUCUUGACGAUGGCUCGUUUAGUUCAUUCGGCAGUUAUAGGCACUCAGAGUACCCCGUAAAUGGUUCCACAUGGCUGACGGCAUACAUUGUGCGCUCGCUUAACCAAGCCAAAGAACACAUAAAGGUUGAUGAGAAUGUGUUGAAGGAGGGCUUGAAAUACUUAGUUAGCAAGCAAGCCGACAAUGGAAGUUUCUUGGAGAGCAACGAUUUCUUCUUCGGCUCCUAUAGAAGACCUUUGACGCUUACGGCCAGCGUAUUGCUCACUCUAGUGGAGGCUGGGGAACUUGGUAAACCGUAUGAGGCAGCAAUUGAAAAGGGCUUCAAGUACAUUCUGGAGCAUGUAGACAAAGAACAGGAUCUCCACGUGAAGGCUAUAACUACAUAUGCGCUCAAUAAAAUCGCUAGUCCCGCAGCAGCUACGCAACUGGAAGAACUGAAAGCGCUGGCAAAGACUGAGGACGACCGCAAAUGGUGGACCAACAAAAAGGAGAAACCAAACAAGCUCUGGUGGCGUUGGGCUUUCAGCAACGAUGUAGAAGUCACGUCUUAUGUUUUGCUCACUCUAUUCGAAACUGGCAAAGCAACGGUGGAUGAGGUGUUACCCGUUAUACGUUGGUUGGUGGCACAACGUAACAGUUACGGCGGUUUUUCCUCCACACAAGAUACUGUACUCGGACUACGCGCUUUGAUCAAGUUCGCCGACUUCGCGGGCUAUGAAGCAGCCAAUAUGGAUUUGGAAGUGAGCGGCAGAGGUGAGCGCGAAAAGCGAGAGACUAUACACAUGACACAAGAUAAUGGCUUGUUGACGCAAAGUGUUGAGUUGCCACAAAAGACGCUAUCCGUUGAUUUGAGCGCUAAAGGCACUGGUGCCGCUUUGGUGCAAGUGGCCUAUCAAUACAAUGUGUACGAGAAAGAGAAGCUACCAGCCUUCAAGAUCGACACAGUCAUCAACAAAGAGGCGCCCGCUUUCAAAUUGGACAUGGACGUGUGCGUGCAAUAUAUUGGUGAGGGAGAAGCUUCAAAUAUGGCGCUGUUGGAGGUAUCGCUACCCUCCGGUUUUAUAAUUGACGAAGAGAGCUUCGGUCAAAUUGAAGCCGUCAAACGUGUCAGACAAGUAGAGAGCAAACAAGACGGUACUAUGGCUGUGAUAUACUUUGAGAGCCUGGCUAAGAACGAACCCUCUUGCGUGCCGAUUGAGGCGCUAAAACAACACGCAGUAGCAAACCAGAAACCAUCCUCGAUUGCGUUGUUUGACUACUACGACAUAACACAGAAGGUUACUGAGUACUACACAAUGUCUUCGAAGAUUUGUGAUAUUUGCGAGGAUGACGAGGAUUGCAAGAAGGCGUGCGCCGCGCUGGUGUAAAUGAAAUUGUAUUGUACAUAUAUAACGGUUUUUUAAUAUUUUCCAAAAUUUGAUUGAUAAAUAAAAGUGUAAAUAAUUUAAAAUAUAAA